GCCAGUGAACGGUCGGAAAAAUAUUCCUCUACGCUUUUCCUCAGGAAUUUCGGUCGUCCGAGGGUCGAGCUUCGGAAUAGCGCAAAUUGCAUCCAGAUAAGAGAGAGCAAAAAACGUGCAUUUAACAGUACAUUCAGGUACGGUCAGUGACGAGUGCUAUUCAGAAUCCAGUGAUCAGGCCCGGUGCUCAGGUGUUCUUUGCAAGAUUUCACGCGAUGGUUCAACAAACAUACGGGUUACAAACGCGCAGCAGGUGCAGCUACCCAAAACCGCAGUUGGAAGAUGAGUUAUGAAUUAAACACGCCGGAACAAGUGUGUAAACAAGCGUCGAUAUAAAAACCCAUCCCGUCGACGGCCGGCCGGGUGGUGAGUGAGUUUGUCCGUCUCGGUUCACGCGGUGGCAACGGUAAUAAAAAUCCGCCGCGGACUACCGGACCGCCCGGACUGUUUGUUUAUUGAGCUGCCUGCUCGUGGAGUGGAGUAGCUCCAACAGUGUAGUGUACGUCUCGCAGCAGGUCCGAUGAAGAUGAUUCAAUCGAUUAGUGUGAUCGGAUAAAAGAGCAGAAUCACGUCACGUUGGUUCGGCCCAAACCCCGACUUUCCGAUUGACGAUCGGACGCACCGGUGUGAAUGCUGUGGAAUGACAUUUUAAUGAGAUUCGGAAGAAUCUUACGCCCCUGUGCAUACGCGUGUACCGUGUUGUGUACCGUGAGCUAAAAAUAAUACACACCCGAUGAGUUGACUUCGGGCAGGGAGCCAGCGACAGACAGUACUCACCAGAUUACAAAUGGUGUCGACGGGCAGGAUGCGCUCGGCAAGUCAGAAACAAUGUUCCUGUGUAGUUGACAAGCUUCAGCCAAAUCGGGAUGUGAAUACGCUUUUCCGGUUGUGAAAAAUACUAUUCAACAGCGUGGAUACAUUGUGCAAAAACACAGAAUCGGGUGACAGAAGGAGCGAGCGAACAUUUUGGAAUAAAUUUGCCGUGGUCGGGAGUUGAAGGCAGGAAGCUGUAUUUGUCUGUUGCGCCCUAGCCGGUUGGAAGGAAGGGCUCGGCGAUACGGCCGAAUGGAAACUGUUGUGCACGGUUGUAUGCGUUUGUGAGUUGGGAAAAACAUCCCUUCAGGAGCUUAGCAGGAGGAGCAGGACACAGUUAUCGGGAAAUUCAAGGGAAAAAAGCUCCAGCUUGUAAGUGAAGUGUCCACCCAGUGUACCAGUGAACACAUCUAAUCGAAAGUGACUAGGCGACUCGAUAGCUCUGAGUGUGUUUGUGUGUCCGACAUGUGAGGUAACAACUGGGACACUGGUCUUUGCCCAUUCGCAGUGCACGAAACACACCGGCAGACGAGCGCGUGUUGAAAUUGCGGAUAAGAAGGACAUGCUUGGUGCCAGUGGAAUAAAUUAGAAACUCCAACUGUAGCUGGCAAAAUACCUGGAAAUUGCCGACCAUGGACUGGAACGGCACCACGAGCGGUACCGUUGAUCUGCUAGUGUCCGCCGGCACAGUUGCCCUGUCGACGUUAGCACCCGGCACAGCCGUACCGCCUGAUCUCGGGUCCUCGUCCGGUGCGCCUACCGGGGCCGAUACCACCAGCAUGACAGUGUCCGCGAGUGAUAUAACGAUAGCGGCAUCCGCCGCACACUAUCACGGCGGUUUACCGUUUCCCUCUGAGCUGCUGACCUUUCUGCGGCAGACCACCACGGUCGCUUCUUCGUCCGCUUCCGCCUCAUCGAUGCCUUCGCUAGGUAUUACGAAUUUUUCCACCUUUCUCAGCAACAUCACACUCCGAGCGCUGACAGCAUCGAGUAGCGGUGUUGGUGGGGUCGGUGCGGGCAGCGGUCCCGGCGGUACGAGUUCGGCCGACUUUACCGCAAAUCUAUCACGGCGCUUUCCACAUCACCCGUUCUUCAGUACCUUCUUCAAUGACUCCGCCCUGGACAUAUGUCCCUCGAUCCAGAUGCCGGUGGGGAAUGUGAUUUCGAUGAUACUGUACGCGCUGGUCGCCAUUGUCGGGCUGUUCGGUAAUACGCUCGUUAUCUACGUCGUGCUGCGCUUCUCCAAGAUGCAAACGGUCACCAACAUGUACAUCCUGAAUCUGGCCAUCGCGGACCAGUGCUUUCUGAUCGGCAUACCGUUCCUGAUCACGACGAUGCAUCUCGGCGAGUGGACGUUCGGGAAUGCGAUGUGCAAAGCGUACAUGGUGUCGACCUCGAUCACGCAGUUCACGUCGUCCAUCUUUCUGUUUAUCAUGUCCGCCGAUCGGUACAUUGCCGUGUGCCAUCCCAUCUCGUCGCCCCGCUUCCGAACGCCGCUCGUGUCGAAGGUGGUGUCGGCGAUCGCGUGGACUGCCUCGGCCCUCAUAAUGCUUCCGGUAAUGCUGUACGCCAACACGAUUGACCGCGAGAAGGGCAAGAUGUCGUGCAACAUAAUGUGGCCAUCGGAAACGGGUGCCAACUCGGGCUCUACCUUCACCCUGUACUCGCUUAUCCUUGGGUUCGCGAUUCCGCUCACGCUGAUUCUGAUGUUUUACUAUCUUGUCAUCCGGAAGCUACGCACGGUCGGGCCAAAGUCGAAGUCGAAAGAGAAGAAACGAUCCCACCGGAAGGUGACGAAACUGGUGCUGACCGUUAUCACCGUGUACGUGCUCUGCUGGUUGCCGUACUGGAUCUCGCAGGUGGCGCUCAUCAACUCGCCGCCGGACAUUUGCAAAUCGCGGCUAGAGAUCACGGUGUUUGUGCUGGUCAGCUGGCUCGGGUACAGCAACUCCGCCAUGAAUCCUAUACUGUACGCCUUUCUGAGUGAUAACUUUAAGAAAAGCUUCCUUAAAGCGUGCACGUGUGCCAAGGGCAAGGAAAUUAACGCACAGCUGCAGAUUGAAAACAGCUUCUUUCCCCGGUUCGUGCGCAACCGUGGCUCGGAGCGAGGCAACUCCACCAAGGUCCUGCAGUCGAACAAUCGGCCCAAUAAUCGUGCCGGUGUACAGGACGCCCAGGGCAAUCCGCAGCAUCAACAGCAGCAGCAUCAGCAGCAGCAUCAGCAGCACCAGCAGGCGCACCAACACCAUCAAUCCAACGACGCACUGGCAAACAACAACAACGUCAGUAAUGUGAACAACAACAGCUCGCAGGCAGGUACGGCUAAUGGGAAAAGUGCCGGCUUCCAGAACGGUGGCAUGAGCUCGGAUCAAAGCUCCAUCGUGCGUGGCUGUGGCCCAUCAACGAGCGUAACGACCAUCCAGACCUCGUCCGCCCGUCCUUCGACCGUCGAUCAGCCACCGUCCACCGCAGCACCGAUAGUGCCAAUUUCGAGCCGGGCGCUGGACACCGGGACCGAUGGUCCACCGGCGGCGGCCGGUUACUGUCGGCCACCCGUACUCCACACGGACCUGUAAACCGUCCGCAGCGGCUACUGUCAUGGGUUGGAAAGCGAAGCCAGCCGUCUCCGUCCCGUUUUCUCGGUGCCGACCAGCACCGGCAUGUGGACCUCGUUCCAGGAUAUAAUAUCUCGCGCUACUGCAAAAACAGCAAACACAACCGCAAUGAAGCCAACCUAAAGCGGACGAAAGGGAAACAGCAGUGAAAUAAAAAUGGAAGCGUUAUAGUGUAAAUAGAACAAAAUAAAAAUCGGAUAUUUGCUGCUGGUGCAAACAGGGGUAAAUAUGUGAGAUUGAUUGAAAUUAAAAAAUAAUGAAAAAAAGGAAAAAAUAUCAAAAAAUAAAACAUUAAGAUUAAGAUUCAACCGUCUCUAAGCCAUUACGUACUUUAGUGAGAGGAAAUCAUUUUAUUUAACGUCGAUACAGAACAAGCACAGGUGAGGUUAGCACAAAUUAAAAUCAAAACAUAAUCAAACCAAGCUACAAAAGAAAACCAACGCGAGCAGUACAUUAUCAGCAGAAAUAACGUUGAGUCCAGAAGUUCCGUUCCAGAAUGAAUAGCAGCAGUUGAAAUCGAUCGACAGGCUUUUUCCUAGAAAGACGGUAAACGGUUUGCCAACAAGCUCUCUCAGUAAGAUGCUCCGUAUUGCGAAUUGCAUAUCUUUAGGCGUAUUACCGUGCGUUUUUAAUUCUGUGCCUAAAUGCAUGCAAUUUGCAAAACAGAAUAAAUUUACUUGGAACCUUAGGAAGUCAGAGCUUGUCACAGUAACAAGGGAUGAUUAAUACGAUGCCUCAAGUGUCGUGCGCCUACGUCCCGACCGAAAUUUCCCUCCGAAAAAGGGCCACACUAAAUUAAGAGCCCUGUUUAGUGUUGCGCUUUCAGUUGCAGGAGUUUCACCGUCGAGGACACUAGUGAGCUUCGUGAUAGGAAUAGGCGAGUAAAAACCAGUGUUAAGCUAGUCGCAAGGUUAUCCGUUCCGAAGAAACAAACUGAAACUCUUUCAUCUUCAAUUUAACGUAUUUACCUAUACAAAGCACAGUUUAAACCGUAACUCUUAUUCAAAUCGUAGGAUAUACAGACUAUUAUGGAAUGGUGUUCUUAUGGGAGCGCAAAACGAAAACACAAGGAACUUGGCGAGGUUCAAUACGAAGGAAUGAUACGAGUAAACAACGUUAGACUACGAACGAAGUGAUAAUUGUAUAGUUUUAAACAUAAUCUUAAAGAGCAAGCAAACCCUUUGCACUAAAACCUUACCAUUCACUUGAACGAAAACUGAUCUAAAACUAGGAACUGCGUGCCAUGGCGUGUGUGUGUCACCAUAUAGUUGAACUCUCUACUCUUACCAACACUUUCAAAUCGCACUCACUAGGAAGUAUGGGUUGAAGCUAGCAAGUUGGACGAUGUGAUUGCUCUACUGAAGGCAGUAAAACCGAAAACAUGGAUGAACAAUAAAUCGAAAAAGCGU